UUGGGAUAUGGCUGCGUCCGUCGGCGCCAGGGCGAUGGCGGCAGCAAUUCAUCCUAGCGUUGCCCUAGGGAGUUGUCGCGACCGACCACGCCCACAGCGAGCGGCGGCGGGGGCGGGGGCGGCGGCAUGCAUGACCGUCACGCACUCGAGGAAAUCCUCCUCGCUUCUCGAGAAAGGCGCUGGCGAUGGCCGCGAUGAGUGGCGCGCCGUCCCGGAUUUGUGGCGAUCGUGCUCGGAGAGAUAUGGCAAGAGGGUCGCGCUUGUCGACCCUCGUCGCGAUCCUCCCAUCCGGAUGACUUAUCUCCAGGUCGAGGAGGCCAUCCUCAACUUUGCGGAAGCCAUGAGAAGCUUGGGUGUUUCGCCCGAUGAACACGUUGCUCUCUUUGCUGACAACUCGUGCCGAUGGCUCAUCGCCGAUCAAGGAAUUAUGGCCAUGGGAGCAGCAAAUGCCGUUCGAGGCUCAAGAUCAUCCGACGAGGAGCUCGUUUAUAUUCUCAAGCACUCCGAUAGCGUAGCUCUUGUCAUCGACACUCCCGAGCUGCUCAAGAGGCUCGAGGCACGGUUUAACGAUUCUUUGUCGCUUAAGUUCGUUGUCCUUCUCUGGGGACAAAAGCCAGAGAGCUUCGCAUUUCCCGUCUUUACAUACGAGGAAUGCAUUUCCCUUGGCCAGAAAAGCCGAGAAAAACCUGGCACGACAAGUGCUCUUCCCAUCCAACCUCAGGAUGUUGCCACCAUUGUCUACACAAGUGGAACAACUGGAAACCCGAAAGGCGUGAUGCUUACACAUGCAAAUAUUAUUCACCAGAUGAAGUAUUUAGAUCAAUGUAUCCAACCCGUACCAGGAGAUAGAUUUCUGAGCUUGCUUCCACCAUGGCAUAUGUACGAAAGAGUAGCCGAGUACUUCACUUUCACGCGUGGAAUCGAGCAAGUUUACACCAGUGUCAAGUUUUUAAAGGACGAUUUACAAGCUUAUCCCACUCAGUAUUUUGUCUCUGUACCUCUUGUUUAUGACACUCUAUACAGCGGUGUCCAAAAGCAGCUAUCGAAAGCGUCUGGCUUAAGGAGAGCGCUCGUGAUGGGAUUUAUGGCAAUCAGCUCAUUUUUCAAGGAUCUUAAACGGAUUUCCGAGGGAAGAUCUCUCACUAGAGCCAGGGAGCAUCCAAACAGGCUUGAAUGCUUUCUUGCAGGGGUAAUGGCUAUGAUAUUGUCUCCUCUACAUUUUCUCGGGGAUAAAAUUGUAUUCAGCAAGAUCCGAGCCGCGAUAGGAAUUCGAAAGGCAGGAAUAAGUGGAGGUGGCAGUCUUCCUAAGCACGUCGAUAAAUUCUUCGAGGUCGUCGGCAUCACACUCUUGAAUGGUUAUGGAUUGACAGAGUCCUCUCCCGUAGUGUCAACUCGAGCUUUCUCCGACAAUGUUCUCGGAACAGUUGGAAUGCCUCUUCGAGAAACUGAAGUAAAAAUUGUGGAUCCCGAAAGCAGGAAAACCUUGGCUAAUGGAAACAAAGGAAUAGUGACGGUUCGUGGUCCACAAGUUAUGAAAGGAUACUACAAGAAUCCCGAUGCAACACAAAAAGCCAUAGACGGUGAUGGCUGGCUUGACACGGGUGAUCUUGGCUGGGUCGCCCCAGUGUGGAAAACUGGCGCUGCUAGAAAAUGUGGAGGAAUGUUAGUCUUGGAGGGGCGUGCAAAAGAAACUAUUGUUCUCUCAACAGGUGAGAACGUGGAGCCAACAGAGAUUGAAGAGGCAGCACUGCAAAGCAGCCUUAUUGAUCAAAUCAUGGUUGUCGGUCAGGACCAAAGGCGCCUUGGAGCACUGAUAGUUGCAAGCAAGGAUACAGCAGCCACAUCUGCAAAUGAUUUGAAGAGUUUGGUUCGAGAAGAACUUCAAAGAUGUACGUCAAGUUGUUCUUUCCAGAUUGGGCCCUUUGUCAUCGUGAAUGAACCAUUCACAAUGGAGAAUGGGCUAUUGACACCGACAAUGAAGCUUCGCAGGGACGCCAUUUUAACGCGCUACCGGAACCAAAUCGACUACCUAUUCAACAAGACAUUAUAAAUAUGUGUACAACAAUGAUUCAUCAUGCUUAAACCGUAAUAACAACUUACUAUGUGAAACAGCCAUUUUCACUUCAAUGGA